AUGGAUGUUCCGGUUGAUCCAGAAUCUGAGGACGAAUACGAUUUAAAUGUGCCAGCUAUUUCCGAAGUUAUGAAAAGAAAUCGAUAUGUAAAAAUACUAUCUCAUAUUCACAUAAAUAAUAAUGACAAUAUUCCUCAGGACAAUAAAGACAAAUUAUUCAAAUUACGUCCUAUGAUAGAUAGUUUGAACCAAAUGUUUAGAGAGUCUUCAUCCGGAACUCGUGAACUAAGUGUUGAUGAGUCUAUGAUUAAAUUCAAGGGUCGCAGUACGUUAAGGUAAUAUAACCCAAUGAAACCCAUAAAAAGGGGGUUACAAAAUGUGGUGUAUUACAGACCAGAACGGGUAUAUUAUGAAAUUUUCGGUGUACCAAGGAAAAAACGAAACGUUAGAAAACCAGUUCGAGAACACUAAUUUGGGAGAAAGAAUUGUAUUGCAGUUGACAAAACCAUUUUGGAACGAAUCUAGACUUGUAUUUUUCGAUAACUAUUUUACAACUAUUCCACUUCUGGAGAAGUUAAGAACGCAACAAACAUAA